AAAACGAACAUCGUUCUGGACUGACUGUGAGCAGUUGGCUUUAUCGUGAAGCUGAUAGUUCAGCUGAAGUGCCGUCAUACACGGUCUUAGAGCCAGUCGCUUGAUAAGGGGAAGGAGAAGAGGAUGCCACUAGGGAAAGUCAUGAGUUUACGAGGCCAAAAAUUGUGCUUUUUGUCCGUCAUCUGUCUACUGGCGAUUGCACUUUUGUUAUAUAGCACUCCAAAAAAUCUACUAUUGAAGCUACAGUCGAGCGUGGUUAAAACUGCUGAACAGCCAAGCGAUGUCGUUGUUCAACAGUUGAACGAGGAUAAAAUUGCUGAACGGCCAACCAGUGUUAAAAUAGCUGAAAUCUUGUCCAGGGUGCAGAUGGGGAGAAGCACCAUACACCUGAUGGAGUUCACCAAAACAGGAUUAGAUCUGCGUUACCCCAUGUACUAUGAAUAUCUGAAAAUGCCACAGUAUUUUCCUGAACCGAAGCCCGCUUAUCCUGUGCCUUUUGAGAGGAGAUUUGGCGAGAAAGGCUGCUAUACUCGGAAGCCAGUUGUAUCCAUCGCGCCUUGGCAGCGAGUGAAAUACCGUGGCAAAAAGUGGAGGGGCCUUCAGCUACCAGUGAUUGUUAUAGCAGAUAACUAUAACACAGGGAACUUCAUGGGAAAUUAUGCUACAGUCUAUGCUCUAGGGCGUGCAUAUAAUGCCACCGUGAGAAUACCUCAGAGAAUGCACCAACAGUUUAGUCAAAUAUUUCCUAAUCUGACUGUCCCACCUAUCUUCAAUGAUACAAAGGAAAGCGACAUGAAAACACUGCCAUUUCUUGGACGCUACGUUUAUGGGGACAAAGAGGCUGCUGCAGCAGGUCUCUUGGGUCCUCAUGUUUUCUAUGGCAGUGGGUCCCCAAUAGAGAUAGAAUUGUUUCAUGCAUACUCAUGCGAGUUAAGGAAAGAAUUCACAUUUUCACCAGAAAUACAAGAAAAGGUGAGGCAAUUUUGGCUGGAAAAGAAAGAUUUUGUGAAGGACGCUGUCCGGGUUGGUUUUCACAUCAGGAGGAGAGAGUAUAUUGGGUAUGUGAGGGCCAGAGGCGAACAGAUACCAAAUGAAACUUAUUACAACAACGCAAUGAACUUCUACAAAGAGAGAUUCAGUAAGGUGGUUUUCAUCGUCUCGUCAGGGGACCGGAAAUAUAUCCGUAAAACCUUUGAAAAUUACACGGAUGUGACCUUCGUGCCAGGUACAGAAUUUAAAAUCUACCAGACUCUGCAGAGGUGUAAAACGAGAAGAAGACAUGGCCAUUUUGAACUCCUGCGACCACAGUAUCAUGACCGUCGGCACAUUUGGUUUUUGGACAUCCUACCUGGCGGGCGGAUACGUAGUUUACCCAGGCGAUUUUCACAUCCCUAAUUAUCCGAUGCAGAGGGAGAGAUACGAGAGAGCCAAUGUGGACUUCUUUGUACCAAUUUCUCGUUCCUAGUGUCAAGUUUUCUGUGCGAGAUCUUGAUCCGAUUGUUGAUUUUUACUUUUGUACUAUAGCAGUUUGCGCCUUUCAGCAACUGAUGGUGUAGGAAAUAAAUUAAUUUUCUGAAGGCUUCAA